ACACAGGCACUCUCUCUCUCUCCAAUUGCAAAAUAUUGUUUCGUGGGCUCCUGAAAGACACACGCCCUCUCUCUCUCUCUCCCUCUCUCUAGAAUUUCGUCCAAUGGCGACAGGUUUAGUCCGGCGAGCCUUCUCCAGGGUUCAAACCUCGCCGGCGGCGAAGCUAAUCUGCAUCCGAUCGCACGCCUCAGACCAGACAUCCCCCGAACCCACCCCCAAACUCAAGACCUUCCAAAUCUACCGGUGGAGCCCCGACAACCCGACCAAACCCGAGCUCAAGUCCUACCAGAUCGACCUCAAGGACUGUGGGCCCAUGGUCCUCGACGCCCUCAUCAAGAUCAAGAACGAGAUCGACCCCACCCUCACCUUCCGCCGCUCCUGCCGCGAGGGCAUCUGCGGCUCCUGCGCCAUGAACAUCGACGGCUGCAACGGCCUCGCCUGCCUCACCAAGAUCCCGUCCGCCUCUGCAGACUCGACCGUAACGCCGCUGCCGCACAUGUUCGUGGUCAAGGACCUGGUGGUGGACAUGACGAACUUUUAUAACCAGUAUAAGAGCAUCGAGCCGUGGCUGAAGCGGAAGAGUCCGCCGGAGGAGAAGGGGAAGGAGUUUUUGCAGACCAAGAAGGAUAGGGCGAAGCUCGACGGGAUGUACGAGUGUAUUCUGUGUGCUUGCUGUAGCACGUCGUGCCCUAGUUACUGGUGGAACCCUGAGUCGUAUCUGGGCCCCGCCGCCCUCCUCCAUGCCAAUCGGUGGAUAAUGGACAGUCGUGAUGAAUACACCAAGGAGCGCCUCGAUGCAAUUUGUGAUGAGUUCAAGCUAUAUCGCUGCCAUACAAUACUGAACUGUGCACGUGCCUGCCCGAAGGGACUCAACCCUGGGAAACAAAUUACAAACAUCAAACAGCUUGAGCUUGCAAAGGGUAUCUAAGAAGUGAUGAUGUGCACUAAUCCCCUUAUUCAGGGCUUAUUGUGAAGGACUAUUUUCUGUCCAGUUAAUAACUUGUGCACCAAUUGUUGUUAUGCAAUUGUAGUAUUUGGUAGCAAGGGUGUCUUUGUUUUUGAAUAAAUUCUGUUGGUACUGCCCUGGUCUGUGUUCUCUUGAGGUGAUUGAAUUUUUGUUCUUGUUUCACAGUAAAUCCAGCAUGAUCAGCUUAUGAUUACAAUUGCGAUCAAACAGAUA